UUUCCGGAGGUCUCUGAACUUUGGCAGUUUGGCGGGGAGGAUGUCUGAGGGGGGUGGGGGGCAGGACUCCUGUAUGACCCCUGGCUCUUCUGGGACCGUUGCACCCUCCUAGGGCCAGGGCCACUGGGAACUCCCUUGUGCUAAGUACCCGGGAUACAAGGUGGAGGGAUGGAAUAACUCUAAUAGAAGACCAGAAACCCUGACCCGGGAGUGAGUGAACAAGGCCUGAAGAAGGGAAGGUUUCCUGUGGCUAAGGAAGAGGGGGAAGGACAGUCCUAAGGCAAGGAGGGGUGGGAGUGAGCUUGGGUCACUCACGAGGAGGGGGAGGCUGGGAAAGCCAAUGACUUCCUUAUUAACUAAGGAACUACAGGAUCCCGUAAGGCGCCAGAUGUGCCUCCAAGCAGGGGAGGCCAAUGGGAGGCCGUUCCACAAUCCAUGUGGGGAGUGCACACCCUCAGUUGUGGGCACAGAGCCCGGAAAAAUGGGGAGAUAAAAACAGGACCUGAUGCCAUGGGUGGAGAUGGGAGAUGCUUUGGUAAAUGCAGGGGAAAGGGCAGGCUGGGGCCCAAGGACUUCACAAAUGCUUUUUAUUAUUAAAAACAGGCGAGUUUUAACCCCUGGAACCUUGUGUUCCAAUUCCACCCCGGCCAAAUGUGGCUAACAGUCCAGUAGAUGCUAAACAUGGUAGAAAUGUCACAUCUGAUACGUGCAUCCAUAUUUACACAAUUACCUUGUUGCACAAGAAAAAUCAAAUCAAACCGAGGAAGAACAACAUGCAAACAAACAAGAGUGAGAGUGCUGUUGCAUCCACAGCCAGUUCCCAGAGCCCUCCCUGGUGCAGACCGUUGGAGCUGGCCCGAAUCAUCUCAGCGAUGACCACAAUCGAGCCUGGGAUAGUCUCCUUGUUGCCGGGGGCCGUGAUCUCCUGGUUGGGCUGGAUCUUUCUGUGAUCUGGGAGCACCGGAGCAUGGAGAGUAAGGGCAGACACCCAGUCUCCCCUGAGUGCAGGGGAAGCAGGAAAGCUUCAUUCCUUUAGGAGGAGGAGCCAGUGUGGCUCCCGAUGGAGGGAGCAAGGCCUGGUCUGGAGCCUGUUCUUGGCCAUCGGGGACACCCUUUUAUUCGGGCCAUUUGGCCCUUCGUGCCAAGAAUCCCAGUGGAAGGGGACAAGGUCGUCACCAGCUGGGUUCCUUUAUGAGGAAUGGGGUGGGGUAAGUUCUGAGGGUGUAUUUGGGGCUUAGGGUGUGGUUCAGCCUAAUGGAAAAUUAGUAUCCUAGAGGUGGAAUGUGAAGGCAUUGCUGACUCUGGACACAUCUGGAGGAUUGUCUGGGAACCUCAGAGGAAUUCUGGAGCGGGAUCUGGAACAUGCCCAAAGGGCCAGCGGGAUCUGGAACGUGCCCAAAGGGCCAGCGGGAUCUGGAACGUGCCCAAAGGGCCAGCGGGAUCUGGAACGUGCCCAAAGGGCCAGCCAACACCCCUUUGAUUCAGCAGUGAUUCUACUGGGCCUGAAUCCCAAAGAUCUUAAAGGAACAAGGGACCCGCAUGUGCAAAAGUGUUAGGGGUGGCAAAAAACUGGGAACCGAGGGGAUGCCCAUCAGCUGAAUAAAGGGUGGUACCUGGAUGUCACCGAGUAAUUCUGUUCUGUAAGAAACGACCAGGAGGAGGAUUUCAGAGGCCUGGGGGGACUGACGGGGACUGACGCUGAGGGAACUGGGCAGAACCAGAUCAUGCACACGGCAACAAGACUACAAUGAUCAAUUCUCUUUGCAGCAGUGAGGUGGCUGGUGCCAGACUGCCGGUCCUGAGACAGACAGAGCCCUCUGCACCCAGAGGAUUGUGGGAACCGAGGCUGGAUACACUGUGGCAUCUACGCCAUUUUUUCCUCUUUUCUCCUAACACGGAAACAUGUUUGUAAGAAACGUGGUGUCCAGGGUACGCUGGGCUGCUUCUGCCAGGGGGAGUGCGGGAGGACGGCUCUGUUAGGAAUAAUACUCGACACUGAAAAUGGGAUGGCAAGAAAACUUGUUAAAGAAUCUUAAGGAAUCAUCUGAACAUUUCUGGCCAGAAGGGGGCGCACUUCUCGGGAGGGAGCACUGAGCACAGAAAUGGGGACACAGCUCUUCCCUUCAGAGACUGGAUGGGUCCCUUUUAUCCUGGUUACACUUUCUGACUCAUGCGCCCCCCUCUCCUAUCAUACGGCCCGUGUUAAAAAAAAAUGGUAGAAAACGCCUCCUCUGGGGUGAGGUGUUUAAAAGUCACUUAGUCUGUUGCGCACGCGCAGUAGGGAUUUAGUUGGUUCGGGCUGGAGGUUUUCCCAAAACCACAAGACUUUCUGAUGGGCUGAAUCCACCUGUGUUUUCCUAGCGCGCGCCCCGCCCCGCCCCCCCAUUUGCGCAAGACUUCUAGUAGUCCCUUAAUUGUUCAGCGAACCCUAACCUUCCUUAACCUCUAGGUCAGCGGUACCCACCGUCCCACACACCUCAAAGCCUGCAAACACCGUGGAAACCCAGCUUUUCGGCCCUUCUCACAGCCCGGCAGCCGGGCGCGCGUGGGCGCCUUUGCCCCGCGGGGUCCCCGUUCCUCGGGCCCUUCGGUGCUUUGUUCAGGACCGGGUCUCUGCCCGGUGCUGGGAGGGGGAGGCAGAGGCAGGCGCUGGUCUGGGAAGGCCUCCGGAAGGCGGUGGUGCCGAAGCGCACUGGGCACAAUGGCUCCUCCUAGUCUCCCACCCGCCGCCUCACUUUACUCAUCUGUUGCUGGGGAGGAGCGGCCCUGGGGUGGCGGGUCAGGAGGGACUACCGGCUAACCCUCCUCCCUUCCCCCUCCAAAAGCGAGGUGAGACUGUUUCAGAUUUGUUCCCCACCCGCGGGUCACGGAGGUCGGAGGUCAGAGGCGAGUAUCGCGCAGGGAGCGGGGGGGGGGGGUUCAAACUCGCCUCUAAUUCUUCCCUUCUGGGGAGUCGGGGAAGCAGGAGAAGGCGGAGGACAGUGUCCGAACUCCUCCCAGCCCCGGCACGACCGCAGUAGCACCCUCGGCGCCCCGCUUCGGGCGAGCCACAACCCGGAAGUGGCUCCUGGGCAGGAAGUUGCGUCACCCAUACGCCCCUGCCUUAAGCCCCGCCCCCGGCUCCGGAAUAGGAUGCAGCUGCCGCCGGGGCUGGAGGGUCGCCUGGGCCCGGCCCCAGCCGGGAGCCUUUCCGAGUCGCUCCCGCUGCCCGUGCUCCGCCACCCGGCCGCCGGGGCCGCCCCCUUUCGCUUCGCGCCGCGGACCCAGUGCCUGCCCCGGGGACACCCGUUGUUCGAGGACGGGGAUGUGCAGAGGCACGCCUACUUGCAGGAUGUCAUCACUCAGGUCUGCCAGGUGCCCGAGCGCCCCCUCGUGGCGACCUUCGGCUGCCACGUGGCCGGCUGCCAGCAGGAGUUCGCCAGCCUCGAGGGCUACGAGCACCACUACCGGACGCUGCACACGCACGUGUGCUCCGUGUGCCGGCGCUCCUUCCCGUCGGCGCACCUGCUGGACGUGCACAUCCUCGAGUGGCACGACUCGCUCUUCCAGCUCCUGGCCGAGCGGCAGAGCAUGCACCAGUGCCUGGUGGAGGGCUGCCCCGCCAAGUUCCGCAGCAGCGGCGAGCGCAAGGAGCACCUGGUGCGCGCCCACCGCUACCCGCCCGACUUCCGCUUCGACCAGCCCCGCAAGGCCCGGGGGCCCGGCCGGCCGGCCGCGGGCGAGGAGGCCAUGGAGGUGUGCCCCGCCGAGGCCGCCCCCGAGAAGCCGCGCGCCCAGAACCGCAGGAUCCCCUCCACCAUUUGCUUCGGCCAAGGGGCCACCCGAGGGUUUAAAAACACAAAGAAAAGGAGUGAGCCGCGCUGAGCCCGCGUGGGCCCCCACCCCGGGAGGCAGGACCCACCGCAGCUGUGGACCGACUCCCGCCGGGCAGGGGCCCAGGAGGACCCUUUGUCUGUCCGUCUGUCUUUAGCACAGGCCCCUGGAGGCUAGCGGCCAUCCUGAGCUGCCUUUGAGGUGCCUCUCCCUGUUAAGCCCCCAGCCCGAAAUAAAGUCUAAAAAGAA